UCUCGGAAGGUGCUACAGUUGCCGCUGUUCCCAGGACCCUCGCCAUGAAAGGCUUCGCGCUGCUCAUCCUGCUUUCUCUGCUGUGCUGGGUCUCAGCUGACAUUCGCUGUCAUUCCUGCUACAAGGUCCCCGUGCUGGGCUGUGUGGACCGGCAGUCCUGUCGCCUGGAACCAGGACACAAAUGCCUGACAACUAAUGUGUACCUUGGUCGGAUGUGGAUUUACUCCAACCUUCGAUGUGGCACACCGGAAGAGCCCUGUCGGGAGGCCUUCAACCAAACCGUCCACAAGCUGGGCCUCAACUACAAUACCACCUGCUGCGAUAAGGACAACUGCAAUAACCCAGCCCCUCGGCCCACCCCUGCCCUCUCCCUUGUCUUCCUCGCCUCAUUGGCUGGUGUUGGUCUCUGGCUGCUGCACUGAGACGUUGUCCAUGGCUGCCUCUCUUCCCACCUGCCUUAGCCUGAGCCCUGCUCCCUGUGCCCUGGCUUUCCAGAAGGGUCUCACCCUCACCAUCUUUGCUCUAAAAAGCAUUUCUCCAGAUCCUUCACAUUUCUUUAAUUAGAGAGUGGUCUCCCUGUCCAUCUUCUCCCUCCCUCCCCUCUACUCUCUUUUUAUCAAGUCCCUUCCAUUUCCCUAUAGACCAUU